GCCAGUGGAGGGAUUGGCAGAGAGGGGUGGAGGACACAGAAUGGAGGCCAGUGGAGGGAUUGGCAGAGAGAGGUGGAGGCAAGUGGAGGGAUUGGCAGAGAGGGGUGGAGGACAAUGAAUGGAGGCCAGUGGAGGGAUUGGCAGAGAGGGGUGGAGGACACUGAAUGGAGGCCAGUGGAGGGAUUUGCAGAGAGGGGUGGAGGACACUGAAUGGGGGCCAGUGGAGGGAUUGGCAGAGAGGGGUGGAGGACACUGAAUGGAGGUCAGUGGCGGGAUUGUCAGAGAGGAAUGGAGGACACUGAAGAGGGGUGGAGGACACUGAAUGGGGGGCCAGUGGAGGGAUUGGCAGAGAGGGGUGGAGUAGUAUAUGAAGUGGAGUGACAUCCAUGCCGAUAUGUCACUUAGUAGGUUAGUAAUGCAAGAGGAGACUGAAGGGGUGAAGUGAGGAGGAGACUGAAGGGAGAUGGUACUUAAAGCCGUGGGAGUUUA